AUGGGCGAACGUAUACUGUACCCAGGAAUUCUUGGUGUCUACGAACCCGACUAUUCAACUCUUGCAGCCUCACAGCGCAUUUUGCAAAGUAACAAUGGCGACAGCCGCCUUCAGCCGCUACAGAGUAUCUCGGAGGUCACAUCGUGUCCUACCUUUCCGCCCCUCUUAAGAAUUCUGUGCAUAUUUCUUCGGCAUACAACCAACAAUAACAACCAACAGAAUUUCAAAGCAUUUCUCACCAAUGUGGCCGCUCUUCACGACGUUGCAUUUUCUCCGAAAUGUCCCAUUUUAGGUAUGGGCCACCACUUUGCCGUUUGGGCUAGCCCAUUCGAUGAAUCCGACCUGGGCUUCACUGCUAUCGAUGGACGGUCUAUUAAUACCGAGGUCUAUUGUCUCAAGACUCCAAAUUUUGCUUCUGGAGGGAAGGUGGACGCCAUAGGCGCGUUCUGCAGGGAAUAUUAUGAGACCACGCUCCAGGAAUUGAGGGUCUUGCUGCACCCUCAUCUAAGAGAUUGUGAGUAUAUCAUUAGUCUUUUUGGAUUAGAUUUCCAGCAAGACUACGAUGACCACACAUUGGCAUGGCCAGUAUUGCUGGUGGAGUACGCCGAGUACGGUACGCUAGAUACUCUUCAGGAAGAUAUAUGCCUGGGAACGGAGUUGUCGAGAGUCUUGCUACUUGAUGUUGCUCGUGGGAUCCAGGCGCUCCAUGGGUGCAACAUCGUUCAUGGAGAUGUCAAAUCGGAAAACGUGCUCAUCUGCCGACACCAGCAUCGGAAAUAUGUUGCACGGCUUGCUGAUUUUGGUCUUUCCGUGAUUAACCCUGAUAUCACAAGGAAUGACCACCGACUCCCUGGCGGCACUUUCCUCUGGAGCGCACCAGAAGUUGACCAAGCUCUGUCCGUCCAAGGUCUGAAGCAAACAGACGUUUAUUCUUUUGGCCUUACUGCGUGGCGCGUGUUCAGCAACAAUCCAAACCCGUUUUCUUUGAUCUCAAUAGCAACCCUUGGAUUACGAAGCCCCGGUACACUCAGUGAGAUAGUAACUCGGGCGAAAUCGCACGAAGAUUUCACACAAAUUGUCUUGCAACUCAUGACGAAACACCAGGAUAACCCGCCAUACUUUCCUUCCAUAGUCGAAGGCACCCUUUGCAAUGACCCAGCAAGCCGUGACCUGGGCCGGGUGAUAUUUAUAUUAGCUCAGGGCCAGGAGAAUAUAAUACCCACUAAUGAUGAUGAUCAAGCGUAUUGGGCUUCGGAAGAGCCAUUAAUAACUAUGGAAGAGUUAGGUUCGUCAUACCCGGAAGAAUUUGUUCCUUUUGUAUUCAAGCCUUCAAUCCUUUUAUCCCUUGUCAAUAGCUUGGAAGCCGUUCUACAUUCAGCCUACUCAACAUUAGAGCUGGCUCGCUACACCGGGUGGCUUCUCUUUCAAUUUACAUCUGGCCCCCAGUUCCAGGCAGUAACGAAACGUGCUGAGGAUUGCUGUGCGAUAUUGAUCCGGCUAUGCCAGUUAGACUCUGCCUAUGCCAAAGGGACCGUGGUCCGCUUUCAUGAACUGCAUGGCUUAGAAGUUGACGGUUUAGAUCCAGAGUGGCUUGAAGCUGCGGCAUCAAAUGGAUCAUACUAUGCUGCGGAGAGUCUCCGUUUACUAUAUCCAGAAAAACACAAGUGGCUAAUGCAAUCCCAUUUGAUCUUCGAGGCUACACCAUCUCCGCCCGAUGAGAAGAUGUACCGCCUUAUCGACUGUUUCCGUGCAGGAGACUAUGAGGGCAGUAGAGUGAUGCUCAAAAAUGGCGUGACGGCGCAUCCUCCAGAAAUCGGAACGGUUUCUGCGCUCCAUUGGCUGGUCUCUUUUGAAGACCCAAAGCAUAUCGACGACCUUUUGGAACUCCUUUUAGAAAACGGCGCCGUAUUAGAGGCAUUCGAGGGGGAAAUGGAUGACUUCAUAUUUGGAAGGGCUGUCGGGACCCCGUUGCACUGGGCUGUCUGGCAUCGCAAUAUCUACCUGGUUCGCGCAUUAACAAGGGCAAUUGAUGAGCCAGACCAGGAGAAUGUCAACCGAGCCAUAAUAAUUGCAGCUGCCAUGCAUUUCCCUGAUGCCUUGGAAGCUCUCAAAGACUGGAUCGUCAGCCUGAAAGAUUCUACACCCUCGGCGUAUAAUUGGCAAGGUGCUUUGGAAAGUGCGACAAAUAGCACCAUAUACCAAUUACCGCGGCGGUUUCGACAUGGCGAUAAAAAGCUUCCUGAAGCUCUUGAGCGCACUAUGGAUAUCAUAUUAAGUAUCCAAAAGCCUGCACCAAUCGAAGUCCAGGCUAUGUUCUCAACAGCGAGGCGCUAUAAUCAACCGGCACUGUUAAGGUAUCUGUUCAAUCGCUUAGAUAUUGGGAAUCGAAAUGGGUUCUUCAAAGAAAGUGGUAGCGACAUUGUACUCGAAUCACUCGUAAUGGGUUUCAGGGAAGUUUUUGAAAUGUACAUUGAAAAAGGCCUGGUCACACCCCAGACCGAGCAUUGGACUGAUAAGUUCACAACACUUCAAAUUUGCUGCAUUACGCGACAGAGGGACCCAGAGUUUGCCAAACGGCUUCUUGAAAUUGGCUGCCAUGUUGAUGGGGUGGGCUCGACUGAAGCGUCGUCAUGGACGCCAUUCAUGAUAGCUGUCUCCCUGGGACUAUACGAUAUUGCCAUUAUGCUUCUCGAACACGGAGCCGACAAAGAUUAUAUAAGCGGGCGUUUGGGGGGCAACACAGCAACAAUGAACUUGAUGCGGAGCUGGCCAGAUAUUCCAAUCUCUCGCCUUAGAUUCCUCCUCGAAGAGGUUCCCCGCCUUGGAUUCGGGCAUGUGACAUUCUGGGGCUGGCCAGGGGCUGGAGGUAAUAUCCUCUAUGCACUCUCUUGUAACCACUGGGCUUCUUAUGCUACUGGAAGUCGCCUGGAGGAAACAGCUAAGUACAUAUUGAGUCAGAUGGCGGACAAGAGCUGUUUAAAUAAAAUCGAUAAGUUGGGCGCGACAGCUUUGCGGAUGGCAUGUGCAAACGGCAACUUGGAGAUCUGCCGAGCCCUAAUUGAUGCUGGCCAGGAUGUUAAUCUGGCACUUGGAUUCUCUCCAUUGAGGAACGCAAUAGAGUGGAGCGAGAAAUGCAAAAAGCGCGAGAAACGAGCAUUUGCAAACCAUAAUGGCCCUGGCCGGGAGGGGAGAUUGGCACAAACACUGCGCGUUCGAUCCGAGAAGACAAUUGAGCUCCUAAUUGCGAAUGGGGCUGUAGAUCGAGGGGUCCAUGAGUCUAUAAGGAAUACCAUGGACUACAUGGCCAACGGCCAGUGGCAGAAGCCAAGCUUUGAGACGGCUCUAGAAAUGUUCUCCGGGUUUAUCGAUUCAUCAAGUAUGGUGAAACCUGGCAGCACACCAUUAAAUCCAACCUCACGAAAACACUUCAAGGCAGGCCAGGGAAAAGAGACAACUGCUCAAAGGCUCCUCCGCAAUUUAGGGGCUAAGAUGGACAAUGCUAAUGGAAAAUCUGAACCUAGGGUGGCUCUACGUUAUCAACCGCAUGAUUGUUUUCCUUGGCGCAGCGACUGUUGUACUUCCUCGAGCCGCUCUGGUUCGGGAAACCUCGAGAUGAGCUCUAUGACAAGCCAUUCGCCUGGUCAAUCACAAUGGCACAAACCUGCCUCAGGACCAUCCUUUCCAGGAGCAUCGAUUGGCCUUACAUCCCCUCCCGCUGCCCUACCCACAUUUGCAAAUCCAAAUCUCCCUCAACAUGGGCCUCUCCAUCCCCAGGCAUCUCCACAUUCAGGAUUGUCUGGACAAAGUCCCGUCUCAUUCAACACCACACUACCCCAACACCCCCCUUUAAGUAUAAGGCCGCAAUCCUACUCCACUGCCUCUCAAACACUCCUAUCAAACAUUGAAAACAGACAGCACAUAUACAAUCCUCCGCGAAAGGUCGAUGAUGUCCUCCAAACCAUCCGGAACAAAUUAAUUCUCCAUUUCCUUGAAGGGCCGGGCGCCACGGCCACACCGUCAGAACUGCGACUACAUGCAACACACGUUCUCAAUGAGCAAUUGCACUUACCGGUUUUUCUCAGUGUGCAACGUAAUGAUAUUAGUUCGUGCGAAGAAUUUGAUGAUAUUAAGGAGACGGUGAAGAGUUGCUUGGAGGUAAUGGGGGUUCAGGGUGCUUUGAGCUUAGUGCCUGAGUUGGUGGAGGAUGGCCGUGGACUUCAGGUUCAUAUCUUCUCCGCUGAAUCUGGUAGGGGGAUGAUGACUAGGUGA